GCACGUGUGCGCGCUCGUUCACGUCGCACAGUCGGUUGACGCGUGUACGUGCGUGCACGAGGGCGGCCGGCGGUUGUUGCGCGCACUUUGACAGCGAGUGAUGGCGUUUCAGUACCCGGAGGCCAAGCGGUUGGACAGCAUUGAUUGCUAUCAUGGCUGUAAGAUUGCUGACCCUUACAAAUGGCUUGAAAAUCCUGAUAGUGAAGAGACUAAGGCUUAUGUGGAAGCUCAGAAUAAAUUAACAUUGCCAUUUUUAGAAAAGUGUCCAGUAAGAGAGAAGUUCAAAGCAAGAAUGACAGAACUAUAUGAUUAUCCAAAGUAUAGCUGCCAUUUUCGAAAAGGAACAAGGUAUUUUCAUUUCUUCAACAGUGGGUUGCAGAAUCAGAGUGUGAUGUAUGUCCAGUAUUCACUAGAUGAUGACCCUCAAGUUUUCCUUGAUCCCAAUAAAUUCUCAGAUGAUGGAACUGUGGCAUUAAGAGGAUACGCAUUCUCUGAAGAUGGUGACUACUUUGCAUAUGGGCUGAGUACAAGUGGAUCAGAUUGGGUAACGAUCAAGUUCUUAAAAGUUGAUGGUGCUACAGAACUUCCAGAUACCUUGGAAAGAGUAAAGUUCAGCUGUAUGGCCUGGACCCAUGAUGCUAAGGGAAUAUUUUAUAACUGUUACUUAAAGCAAGAUGGAAAGAGUGAUGGUACAGAAACCUCUGUGAACCUUCACCAGAAAUUGUACUACCACAAACUGGGAUUUCAACAAUCUGAAGAUAUAUUAUGUGCUGAAUUUCCAGACUAUCCAAAAUGGAUGGGCGGAGCUGAGGUAUCAGAUGAUGGGCAAUAUGUUCUCUUGUCUAUUCGAGAAGGCUGUGACCCAGUCAAUCGACUUUGGUACUGUGAUCUAAAAAAGUUGCCUGAUGGAAUUAAAGGAAUUCUGCCAUGGGUCAAGCUUGUGGAUAACUUUGAUGCAGAAUAUGAAUACAUCACAAAUGAAGGAACAAUAUUCACGUUCAAGACAAAUCUCAAUACUCCUUGUUAUUGCUUAAUUAAUAUUGACUUCAGUGAUCCUGAUCCUUCAAAAUGGGAAACUUUAGUUGCAGAGCAUAAGAAAGAUGUACUUGAAUGGGCUGGAUGUGUCAAGACAAACUUUCUGGUUUUAUGCUACCUGUGUGAUGUGAAGCAUGUUCUACAGCUACAUGAUUUGGCCACAGGCACUCAUUUGAAGACAUUUCCUUUGGACCUGGGCAGUAUCGUAGGGUACAGUGGACAAAAGAAGGACACUGAAAUCUUCUAUCAGUUUACUAGUUUCCUGACACCAGGUAUCAUUUAUCAUUGUGAUCUGACCAAAGAUAAUUUGGAGCCACGAAUUUUCAGGGAAGUGACGGUGAAGGGAUUUAAUCCAUCUGAUUACCAGACUGUUCAGAUCUUCUAUCCAAGCAAAGAUGGGACUCCAAUACCCAUGUUUAUUGUCCACAGGAAAGGAAUAAAACUUGAUAAAUCUCAUCCUGCAUUUCUUUAUGGAUACGGAGGCUUCAAUAUAUCACUUGCACCGAGUUAUAGUGUUUCAAGGCUUAUUUUUGUGAGGCAUCUCGGUGGUGUUUUAGCUAUUGCUAAUAUCAGAGGAGGAGGGAGAAUAUGGAGAGUCCUGCACAGAGGUGGUAUGCUGGAAAACAAGCAAAAUUGUUUUGAUGAUUUUCAAUGUGCUGCUGAAGUUCUCAUCAAGGAGGGCUACACUACUUCAAAGAAAUUGACCAUUAAUGGAGGCUCUAAUGGUGGUCUCUUAGUGGCAGCUUGUGUGAAUCAGCGACCUGACCUCUUUGGCUGUGCCGUAGCGCAGGUGGGGGUCAUGGAUAUGCUCAAAUUUCACAAGUUUACCAUUGGACAUGCCUGGACCACUGACUUUGGCUGUUCAGAACGCAAGGACCAGUUUGACUACCUAAUCAAGUACUCUCCACUUCACAAUGUUAAGAUACCAGAAGGUGAAGGUAUUCAGUAUCCAGCAAUGUUAUUGAUGACUGCAGACCAUGAUGAUCGUGUAGUUCCUCUCCACUCUAUGAAAUUCAUAGCCACCCUGCAACAUGUUGUUGGACGGAGUCCAAAUCAGGUUAACCCAUUGUUCAUCUAUGUUGACACCAAGGCAGGACAUGGUGCAGGAAAACCAACAGCUAAAGUAAUUCAGGAGGUUUCUGAUAUGUAUGCUUUCAUUGCACAAACACUACAGCUUGAAUGGAUUAAUUGAAAUAGACGUUGUUAUCUUUGCAUUUAAUUGGCAUUGGGAAAGUAAUCUCAAAACUUGUAGACAAAUUUAGAAUACAUUGAAGAAUGGAACUAUCAGAACAAAAUAGUGUGUGCUGUGGGGCCGAAUGGAAUUUUCAGACCUCAGUAGUAUAAUUAGUAAACGGAAUAAGUGAUAUCUUUUAAAACAAAAAGUUGACACUUAGCAGGCAUGUUCUCAUCUCACCCUCAAGGGCAAUGAGGGAUGGACAAUAAAUGGUAGUCUUUCCAGCAAUGCCCACAUCCCUGAAGGAAUAAGAGUAUAUUUUGACAAGUUAGUGAUGUACUAAGAUUCCAUUGGUUAUUUAUCCCCCAUUAACCGAAUGUGUCAUUGUUAUAGUUGGAUUCAUUUUGCUGUUUGUGUUUUUAUUCAUAUUAUUGACUAUCCCCUGAGAUUUUAAAUCACUGGUCAUGCAAAAACACACAAACAUGGGUAGACUUAAAGUGCAUAAAUAAAACUUAAAAUUAAUGAUUUCAGCAAUUGUUCAUAUAAAAACAUUUUUUUGCAGUUCUGGAUGACAUUGAAACCAUGUAGUUGUGAUAAUUCAUUUAGAGUGGGGCUUCAUUUGGAUUCAACAUAAUUCAAACGUAGAUGCUUCAGUUAGAACUGUUAAAUCACUUUCAUAAUUAUUUAGAUAUCCUGAAUAAAAUAAGCCAUUUUAAUGUUGAAGAUACUUUCCAAAUAUAUCUGAUAAUAUUCCAUAUUUACUGGAAUUUGCUUUGCGGAUUUACAGAAUAGUCUGUUACAGAACAAUCUGUUUGGCUGCAUAUAGCAAAAGCAUGAAAGUUAACACAAUAAAAGUUUGAACCUUGGGCUUUAUCUUCAAAACUUAUUUCUUCUGCAUUUUUAGGUUUUUGUGUGUUUUAUGCUAAAGGGAGCCUGAUACAAUACAUCUUGGAUUUUUCAGAAUUCUAGUUCUUUCUUUCAGGUGCUGUGUAAUUUAACAAUAUUUUAGGAGGGAGAGCUGUUUGAGAUUUUGUCUAGUGGUUUCAAUGCAUUUGGUAAAUCAUAUGCUGUAUCCUAGUAGAAUUAAGUUUUACUAACACAAUGAUUUUUUUUAAGUGUAAGUAGUGUAAAGAAAAUAGAGCAUGAAUUAUGAAUUAUUUUUCUUACCUCCCCUCUAAAAUAUGCAUCACAAAGUCUGAUACCAUUCAAACUGCAAACCCAGUUCCAUUUUCAGAUCAGUUCAGUCAGCUGGAUGUUUACCAUGAGAUUUCAAUGUAUUUUAGUUGGAUUUGACGGUUACACUACUAAGUCAUUUUUACCUUGUAUCUUGGUGAAAACACAUCACUAAUAGGUCAGAUCAAACAUUAUGUGAAAUAUGUCACUUCAUGUACAUGAAAAAUAAAAUGCAAUUUAUGAUAC